AUGACUGGGAUUACAAAGUUCUUCAAGCCCACUGACGGUGGUGGCGGAGGGUUUGUUAAAAUGACGGAGCAAGCUGCGGUUGGCACCGCCGCACGCGAGGUUUUCUCCCCUAUCGAGAACAUGACUGAAGAGCAGCGCACUGCUGUCCACCCAGCCCUGGAAACUGAUUCGGAUGUUGAAAUUAUCGGCGAGGAAGGCCAGGUCGUUGCAGCCAUUGCUGUGGAUGUCGUCAUGGUGGACGCGGACCGCAGCGGCUCUGCCGCUAACGGCGACGUGGCCGCAGGAAACGCCACCGCUGCUACUGCUGCCCCCACCGCACCAGCAGGAGCAACUGCGCUAGCUACAGGCGGUGGUGGCGGCGGUAUUGGUAAAAGUGGCGGAGCUGCGGGCACCGUCGCGCUGCCUCCAGAUCUGGAUGUUGAGGCCACCCUGGAGUCCUUACGGCUGGAGCAGGCUGGUCUGGAGGCGGCGUUAGAGGCUGAGAUGUUGCUUCCGGAGGGGGAGUCAGGGCUGGCUGCAGCAGCGGCGGGACCUGAAGAGGCGGCCCAGGCGACGUCCAUGCCCACUCCCGUGCAGUUAUGCUCCUGGCUGGAGGGCCGCACCUGCCCCCUGUCCGCCCUGGUGAGCCAGCUGGUCCCCCGGCUGCCCCCCGGCACGGACACCACCGCGCUGAGGACCUGGCUGGUGGACCUGGCGCAGAGGAAGUGCUACUCGGCCAAGGAGGCCCCCCUGGAGGGCGCUGCCGCCUCCGAGGACACCACCCCGGGCCGGUUGUGGGUGUGGGAGGUACGGGAGCCGCGUAAACACCUGCAGGGGGACGGGGGGAAGGACACGGCAGUACGGAAGCUUGCGGAGGCCAUGCGGAAGCGCAGGAAGGAGCUCCGUGAGCGACUUGUAGCGGUGGUUGCGGCCCUGGAAGCUUUGGCCACUUUCCAUACCCUAGUUCUGCAACAUAACGCAGCAACGGCAGGCGGCGGUGGCGGUGCGGGCCCACUGGCCGGCGCCGUGUCAGGUCCGGCGGCAGGUGUGGGGGCUCCCAAGGGUCCCAGUGCGGCUGCUCGUAGGUCGGCGGAGUCGCGGGCGGCCAAGGCGCUGAACCGGUUGGGCAGGUUGGCGGGGCUGGAGGCGGUGGAGGCGGCGUACAGGUCCAUUUCCGAGGAGCUGGCGGGUGCGGCUGCGGCAGCGGGGGGAGCCGCUACCGCCUCGGCGAGGAAGGAGAGAGCCAGGAAGGAGGCGGAGCGGGAGAAACUGAGGGAGGAGAAGGCCCGGCAGCGGGAGGAGGAGGCCAGAGCCAAGGAGGCCAAGCGGGUCCAGGAGGACGAGGCCAAGCGACUGGCUCGUGAGACGGCUGCCGCCAACAAGGCCGGGUACCACAGCAACAAGGAGCUGCAGAAGAGCAGGAACAUCAUGCAGUCUUUCUUCAAGCGACCGGCGCUAUCCAAACCCAAUGGCGGCGGACCCACGGGUCUCUCCGGUGGUGCUGACGUGGCGGCGGCUGGCGACACAGUUGGACGAGACGGCUCUGUCGGCGCUGGCGGUGGUGUCAGUACGGGUUGCGGUACCCCCAUGAGUACUUCCACCACCUGCUCUCAGUCGCUCCGAGACCAGCUAGGGGGUCCGCUGCCGGCUCCAGGGGGACUGGGGGGUCGCGGCGGUAGCUGCCAGCCCGCGGUAGCUACUCCACUCCGGGAGAGGACCGCCACCACCACCACCACCACUUUGUUUGACUUUUCCAAGUUGGCUUCCCGGUUGCCGGAUAAGGCCGUGGUGGAGUCCAUGGACUCCGCCGCCUCCCACCUGCCUCUUCCCCUGGAGCUGAUGGCACAGGAUCUGCGAGUCAACAGCGGCAGAUGGCGGCAGCAGCGGGCGAAUAGGAAGAAGAUGAUUGGUGUUCCCCCCUCCUGGGCUCGGCGCCCCGGCGCCCCCACCGACCUGCGCACCCUGGCCGCGCAGUACUACGGGGACGUGGCGGCGCUGGGUCUGGCGCCCGAGGAGCUCAGGACCUGGCGCCGCAAGCUCAUCGCCUUCCCCAGGAAAGAAACAGCCCGACCGCCCUACUACGGCUCUUUCAGCAGGACUAGCACCCGGGUUACGGGUCGCCGGCCCUUCGGCCGGGACCCCUCCCUGGACUACGAGGUGGCUAGUGACGAGGAGUGGGAGGAGGAACCGGAGGGGGAGAGCUUGUCGGACAGCGGGGACGAGGCGGACAGCCAGGCGGGGGGAGGGCCGGGUGAGGGGUGCGAUGAGGAGGACGACGGCUUCAUCGUGGGUGACGACCACCUGUCCGAGGACGAGGGGGCGCAGCUCAGUGGGGACCCGGAGGACCCGAUGAUAGUUGAAGGUACGGCUGCCAAGGGUGCCUCCUGUCGCGGCGCCAACACUGUUACCACCACCACCACCCGCUUCAUGGACCCGCGUCUGCAACAACUGGAGGCCGCCAUUGACCGGGUGCGGACCAACAACCGGCCGAUACUGCUGGUGCGGCCACUGCCUCCCGCUGCCGCCGUCGCUGCCGUGACGGCGGCGGCGCAGUCAGGUGCUGGCGGUGGCGGCACCGCUACUGAAAUGGACAUGGAUCCGCCAGCUGCUGUUGCCGGUGCUUCAGUGGCGGCGGUACAGCCAGGCCUGCACUUGUUCUGCCGUCUACGUGCAGAGCCGCGACCUGGCUUGAACACGGGCCUGGACCCGGGUUUGCUGGGUGCCUUGCGACCCGUGGUUCACUACCGCGGGGGAGAGGCAGCUGGAGUGGCUGGGCCCCCCACCGCAAUACCCGGCUCUGCCGCCGCUCCUGCGCUGUUGAUGGCGGGCGGUACACCCGGCGGCUGCGAGGCCCUGCACCCUUUCGCCGCUGGCGGUGGUGCCGUACAUCCCUUUGGGCUCCUCGGACAUGGCGGCGCGGGCGCAGCCGUUCCUGGCGCUGCUGGUGCUGCGGCCCCUGGCUCUGCGCGGUGCCCCGGCAGUGGCGGUGUCCGGGGGGGUCGUUCUGGGGCCGCUGGUUUGCCGGUGGCGCAUCUGACCGCCCUGGCUGAGCUGAUGUCCCGGUGUGGGGACCAGAAGGCGGAGAAGAUCGUGGAGGGCUUUCUGGCCUCGUUACCGCCCGACGUGAAGCCCCCGCCUAAGACCAAGAUACGCGAUGCAGUGAAGCGGUUGGGGGCCUGGUCGGCGUCCAGCAAGAGGUGGCAGCUGCACGGGGGAUCAGUGGCGGCGGCUGUGGAGCAUGCACUGGCAGUGGCGGCGGCGGCGGCGGCAGCGACGGCGGCGGUGGGGGUCGCAGGCACGCCGCUGUCGGAUGCCGCUGCGCUGCCGGCGGCGGCGGGGGCGGCGGGUGCUGCCGUCGGGCGCGGGGUCAUGCUGCUGGCUCGGGACUUCCGCCAGGACAGCCCGGAGGGCGCAGCUUUCCCCAGCGGCCUCACGGACCAACGACCCACGGGUCAGCCGCCGGGCCCUUUCAUGCCCCAACACCUCAUGAAGGCACUGGCGCAACUGGCGGGACAGCAGCAUGCGCCAGCAGCUGCCACGCCGCCGCCACCCACCGCCAACGGGGCCUUCUACGCCGCGGCCUUGUACGGUAAUGCGAUGAUGACGCCACCAUCUGCUUUUCCUGCGCGGCAGCCGCAGCCAGAAGCUUACGCUGUCCAGCAGGUGCUGGAGCCGGUGGCGACGUUGUCGACGCCUGUCGCGAUCUCCCGACCACAACAGCAGCAGCAGCAACAGCAACAACAAACCGUCUAUCGUGGAAAUGGGGAAGGCGCCGGCGAUGGCGGGCCGGAGGCUGACGUCAUGGACUGCGAUGAACCUCAGCAGCCGCUACAACACCAAGUUGCGACCGAGGCUCCGGAACCGCUCCGGAACCAGGUUUACGCCCCGGGGGCCCUAUCUGAUGGUGGCGCCGCGGGAGUCGGUGCUCCACACGACUUGGCUACCACGGGACCGGAGCCGGGGCCGAACAUGUUUCCCACAUCGGCAGUUCAGCCUAGGGAAGAGGCGGGGAUGGCGACCAGGGCAGCGGCGAUGGCGGAGCCGGCCGCCUGUGGUGGUGGUGGUGGUGGUGGUGGUGGUGGCGGUGGUGGGGCCAGUGGCGUUGUGGCAUCCGGCGGUGCGGCGCUUGACAAGCUGGGGAGCGAUGUGGUGGCGCUGCAGGACCUUGAGGGAGCGGGAGGAGGUCGUGGCGGCGGUGGCGAGGAUGGAGAGGCGGCUGCGGGAGGUGCGGUGGUGACGGCGGCGGCGGCGGCGGCAAUGGAUAUCAAGACGGAGAUGGGGACGGAGGCGGUGGCGGCGGCGGUGGGCGGCGGCGGCUCCUCCCUGUGCUCCGCCCUUCCGCGACCCAUGCCACCCCCGCCACCGCCCCUCUUCGAGUUGGCCAUCCUGGGUACGAACCAUCCGUACUGGUCCGUACUCGCCUCCUGGCUCAUGGGAGGAGGGCGAGCAGCAGGUGGUGGUGGCAACCCGCAUCCUCCGGCCCCGCCUGGAGCCCCCCGGGGCCCCUCCUGGAGUGACGUGUCAGCUGCCUUGGCGGUGUUCGAGGCGGGGCAGCUGGAACCUCGACUGGGGGCUGUGCCUCUGGACCUGGCGCGAGUCCUAGUGACCAUAUGUCAGCAUCGUACGGCAAGUCACCUCCGAUCCGGGGCCUUCAAGGCGCUAGGCAACCUGGCGGCGGCGCUGGCGGCAGCGGCGGCGACCAAGAGCGGUGAUGCCCCUGGGACAGCGGUGGCGGCGGCGGCGGGCGCUGCAGGGGGGAGCUUACCGCGGCGCCGCCGUGGUCCUCGCCUUGGUGGCGGAGGCGACACGGCUGUGGCAGCGGCAGCCGCGUACCUGCCACGACACAUGAUAUGA